AUGGCGGCUGAAACCUUAUUCACGGAGCCUAUCAGCAUAGACGACGUACAAAGAGAAAAAGAGACCCAAAACGAAUCCUUAGCGAAGAAAGAAUGUCCACGCUCAAGUUCACCACCUAGUGACAGUUUCCACGAACACCUGCAAAGUCAUGGAAGCGACAAAGAGACGGAAGAACGCCCCGAUGGCAAACGAGAAUUAACUGAGGAGGAAUGCUAUGACAAGCUCGGAUUCAGUUUCCCGACUUGGAGAAAAUGGACCAUCUUAACGGUCAUCUUUGCCGUGCAAAUGUCCAUGAAUUUCAACACCAGUGUCUAUCCGAAUGUUGUGCCACUGCUGGCCGACCACUUCGGAGUCAGUGCUCAGGCUGCCCGAUGCGGCCAGAUGAGCUUCCUUGUAGCAUAUGCGUUCGGAUGUGAACUGUGGGCGCCCUGGAGCGAGGAAUUCGGCCGAUGGCCCAUCAUGCAGCUCAGUCUGUUCCUAGUUAACAUUUGGCAAAUACCUUGUGCAUUGGCGCCAAAUCUGGGCACUAUUAUUGUAUGCCGAGCACUCGGCGGGCUGUCUUCUGCUGGCGGUUCAGUCACAUUAGGUAUGACUGCCGAUAUGUGGGAACCAAAUGACCAGGGCUUUGCUGUGGCAUAUGUCGUGCUAUCGUCAGUCGGGGGAACCACAAUUGGCCCUGUGUUUGGUGGUCUCAUCGGGCAAUAUCUCAACUGGCACUGGAAUUUCUGGAUUCAGCUCAUCUUCGGCGGUGUCACGCAAAUCAUGCACUUCUUCCUCGUUACCGAGACACGCUCGACCAUCCUAAUUGACCGCGAAGCUAAACGGCGGCGGAAAUCCGGGGAAGACACCAACAUCUACGGUCCCAACGAGCUGAAAGAAGGCCGUCUAAACGUCAAGGAGAUUUUUCAUAUUUGGCGACGUCCAUUCGAGAUGUUUGUCUGUGAACCAAUCGUUCUCUUUCUUUCCCUGCUAUCAGGCUUCUCCGACGCACUUAUUUUCACGUUUACUGAAUCAUUCACCUUGGUCUUUGAACAGUGGAAUUUCGACACUGUUGCCUGUGGUCUGACAUUUAUUGCCAUUGUCGUUGGUUAUUUACUUGCCUAUUUCAUUUUCCUUCCCGAUCUUGCUCGCCAGCGUCACGUUCGUCACAAGCAUGGCGAUGCCUCUCGUCUCGCAGAGCGCCGUCUUCUACUUCUUCUUUUCCUCGCCCCCCUCGAGACAAUCGGUCUCUUUGGAUUUGCUUGGACGUCCAUGGGCCCAGCCUAUACCCCAUGGAUUGCCCCUCUCAUUUUUGCCUGUCUCAUUGCGAUCGCAAAUUAUGCCAUUUACAUGGCCACAAUCGACUACAUGGUCGCAGCCUAUGGAGAAUACUCUGCAUCCGCUACCGGUGGUAAUGGCUUCGCCCGCGACUUUUUAGCCGGCAUAUCAGCCAUGUACGCAACGCCGAUGUAUUCAAAUAUUGGGGGCAAGUUUCAUCUGCAGUGGGCCAGUACCAUUCUUGGGGUUUUGUCAUUUCUAGUGACCAUUCCAAUAUAUGUCUUUUACUGGAAAGGUCCAGUAAUAAGAGAGAAGAGCAAGUUCGCGCAGACAUUGGCGGCAGACCGUGUGUUGCGAGAGGGCAGAAGGGCCAGUCAGGCUCUGUCAGCUGAGGCCCAAAUAUAG